ACUCAAGCCGGAAGUGUUUACAUCCUGUUAGCCUACAGAAAACAGCGUAGCUCCUCAACCUUUGUGGCUGCUUUUCCUCCAUGUCUGUCAUAACCAAACAGAAACUACAACGACCUGAGCUGGACACGCACACAGUGUAAAAACAAACCUUAUCAAACAUCUGCUUCAUGGACUCGUACAGGCUUUAUUGCCUCCGCUAACUCCGGUAGCUUGGCAUGGCUGCUAACCCUCCAGCGCCAGGCUUUCAGAACAAGACGCGGGUGGCCAUCCUGGCGGAGCUGGACAAGGAGAAGAGGCGGCUGCUGCAGAGCCAGUCCCUGAACAGCCCCGGAGCCAGCGUCCCUCUGUCGUCCAGACCCAGCCUGAAGGAGGCGAGGGACAGCGCGGAGCAGCAGCACAUCGCCGCCCAGCAGAAGGCCGCCCUGCAGCACGCCCACGUCCACUCGUCCGGCUUCUUCAUCACUCAGGACUCCUCGUUUGGGAACCUCAUCCUGCCGGUGCUCCCCCGGCUGGAGCCAGACUUUUGACUGUGAAGCUUGCAGCAGAUAGUGUCCGGUGACCCGGCCCGGGUGGACGACUCACAUGCGAAUGACACAUUUGGUUCUGUCUCUUUUUUGCGUUCUGUGUCCUGUAAUCGAUUUAUUGGUGAUGUUCGAGUCCAAGAGGUUCACUGACACAAUAAAAUAUGGUAUUUGAACGCAGUCAGUGUUUCUAUAGUAGCAGGGCUGUAGAUAGAGAAUCAGGGUCCCCAGAAAGUCCCCAUUGAACCAGGGUCCCCACUGUAAUGAAUGAUAUA